AUGAGCUCAGACGGCGGCAGCAAGAAGAAGGCGGCGCCCAAGUCGCGCAAGCGCAAGACGAGUGACGCGGGCACUACGACUGGCAAGUCGCUUCUCGUGCCGGGGAAGCGCUUGCUCACCGACGCGGAUUCCGCGCUCGCCGGGAGCGACUGCUACACGGACGUCCAGACAGGUCCAGCAGCUCAAUUGAAGCCACUGGCGCGUGGCGAGUUAACGGACAGCAUUAAGCACAUGCUCUUUGGCUUUGGCGACGCGAACGAGCCGCUCGAGGAGACGGCAUACCUCAUGGAAGAGUUUGUCGUGGAAUACGUGCACGCGAUGACGAAGAAGGCAAUGGACCUUGCGUCCAUCAAGGGCAAACUGGACACCGAGUGCUUUAUCUUUCUCAUCCGCAAAGAUCCCGCGCGCUACGAGCGCGUUGCUGAGCUCUUGCGCGCGAACGACGAGUUCCGCGCGGCCCUGAAUAGCGGCUUUGACCCGAGCGACGAGAAAAUGUACUGA